AUGGAGUGGUCUUGGCCGGAGAGUGUGUUAUCAAAUGGGGAAAGGGUGAAGGAAGAGUUGAUGCAAGGACGUGAGCUUGCAGGUCAACUUUGUAGGGUUUUUGAUGAUCACAAGUCAACACUUGUUAGUGGUUUUGGUGGUGGCGGUGGUUCGGCUGAGGAUCUUGUUGAUAAGAUUUUGGGAUCAUUUGCAAAUACCCUUUUGAUCUUAAAUGGAAAUGAAUCUGACGGGGAGAUUGUUUCUGGUAAUCAGAUUCAAGGGAUCAGUAGUGGCGGCGGCUCUGCAGAUUCAUCAUCUUGGGAUGCUAAUCAUACGGCGGCUGUUAUUAAGUCUGAAGAUUUUUAUGAGGAGAGUUGUAAGAGUACUUCAACCUUCAAGGAUCGUAGAGGUUCUUACAAGAGAAGAAAGACUUCACACUCUUGGACUAGCGACACUCAUGCUUUGACAGACGACGGUCAUGGAUGGAGAAAAUACGGACAAAAACGCAUCCUUAAUUCCAAGCACUCAAGGAAUUACUAUAGGUGCACUCACAAGUUCGAACAAUCUUGCAAAGCAACCAAACACGUGCAACAAAUUCAAGAUCAUCCACCAAUGUUUCGGACCACAUAUCAUGGCAACCACACAUGCAGAGACUACCUAAAAGCUUCUGAGUUGCUCUUGGAUUGUACAAGUCCUAGAGAGUCUUCAAAUUUCAUCAAAUUUGGCGAUACCAAACAAGAUCACCCCUUUUUCUCAUUCUUUACAUCAGUUAAAAAAGAAGAAUUGGUCUUCAAGGAAGAAUCGAUCAUUAAGGACGAGAUACCACCAACAAGUGAUGAUCGUGUGAUGACAAGCCACGACAACUAUUCAUGGUUGUGUGAUUAUCUUGUGUCACCUGAUCUGACGACGUUCGAGUCCUCUGGGCCCCCAAGCGGGGUCUCAUCAACCCUCCAUGAGUUUGAUCAUGAGGAUGUGAUUUCUAGGUUAAUGAUGGGGUCUUUUGACUUGGAUGAAUUAUUUGGUCUUUGGCCGGAGGGAGUGUCAUCAAAUCGGCAAAGUGAGAUGGAGGAGCUGAUCCAGGGUCGUGAAGUUGCCAGUGGUCAACUUGGUAGGGUAAUUAAUCUUCAUAAUAAUAGGUCACUUACUGUUAAUGGUGAUCAUAAUCAUGAUUUGGGAUCGGGCAAUGGUGAAGGUUUUGUUAAUAAGAUAUUGGGGUCAUUUUCGAAUACCCUUUUCAUCUCAAAUGGGAAGGAGAUGAAGGAGUUUCAUCAUCAUGAUCAGAUUAUUCAAGUGAAUACUAGUGGUGGUGGUGGUGGUGGUGGUGGUGGUGGUGCUGCAGGUGCAGGUGCAGGUGCAUCAUCUUGGGAUGUUGAUCAUCUGCUUGAUCAUGCUAUUAAGUGUGAAGCUUCUAAUGAGGAGACUUGUAAGAGUGCUUCGACCUCCUCCACGGAUCGCAGAGGCUCUUACAAGAAAAGGAAGACUUGUCACUCUUGGAUUAAAGACUCUCCUGCUUUGACUGAAGAUGGUCAAGCAUGGAGGAAGUACGGACAAAAACUCAUCCUUAAUGCCAAGCACCCAAGGAACUACUUUAGGUGCACCCACAAAUUCGAUCAAGCAUGCCAAGCAACCAAGCACGUACAACAAGUUGAAGAUGAUCCACCAUUGUUUCGUACCACAUAUUAUGGCAAUCACACAUGCAGAGACUACUUGAAAGCUUAUUCUGAGCUGGUCUUGGAUUGUACAAGCCCUAGAGAGUCUUCAAAGUUCAUCAGAUUUGACGACACCAACCUCUCAAGCAAACAAGAGCACCCCUUUUUCUCGUCUUUUAAAUCGCUAAAACGAGAAGAAUGUUUCAAGGAAGAGACGACACCAAGUGAUUAUAUGACAACCCAGCACCACAACCAAUUAGCAUUGAGUGAUUAUCUUGUAUCGCCUCCCGAUCUUCCGGCAUUCGCGUCCCCUGGGCUCAUGAGCGGGUUUGCAUCAGCCAAUACUGCUCAGCUUGACGAGGAUGCGAUUUAUAGGAAAAUGGUGGGGUUUAAUUAUGAUGACUUUGCAUUUGAUGAGUUUCUGCAAUAUGAGUUGAGGUAG